AAAGAUGUUUACAUUGAUCCAACGAUUCUUCGUUUAGUUAUAGAGAAGUAUCUUUGUAACCUACAUGAUACAGAUCAGCUAGAUAAUUAGUCAGGAUGCUGGGCCUCUUCUCUGCAGUAAAGAAUACUGUUCCUAUUGGGAAAAAGAUCGGUUGGGCUAAAACUGAAGGACCCAUUUCUGUUCUGCACUAUAGAGCUACAACACUUCUUUUUCUAUGUUGUUGUGUGCUGGUGACCUCUCUGGAAUGGAUUGGUAAUGGAGCGAAUAUAACCUGUGCUAUGAGUGGGCCCUCUGAUGAUUGGAACAUUCCCGUUGGAGUAAUUAACUCAUACUGUUAUAUACAGAGUACAUUCACUAUACCUGGACCACAUGCAGGUAGUACACUGUUAUAUACAGAGUACAUUCACUAUACAUGGACCACCUGCAGGUAGUAUACUGUUAUAUACAGAGUACAAUCACUAUACCUGGACCACAUGCAGGUAGUAUACUGUUAUAUACAGAGUACAUUCACUAUACAUGGACCAC